AUGUCGGCAGCAGGUCCUAAUCAAAAGCCAUUGAAAUCCGCCUUCGCGAACAAACGAAAACAAGGCCCCUCUGGCGACAAUGGCUCACGACCAGGCAACGGUCGCGACGGAAGCAACAAUGGCGGCGGAGGCUGGGCGCAGAAGCGCGUCAAGAUCCGCAACGACAGAGAGAUAGCGGCACAGUCCUCCGACGCGGCCCUCAAGGAUGGCGAGCUCGACCUUCAAGCGUUUCUCAACGCGCGCGAAUUCGAAAUUAGGGCCCUCGAGGAGAGCAUGCGGCAUACCAAGUCUGAGGCCACGAGCCGCGCCUUUCAGCAAGUGCCUCGCGGCAUGCGCCGGCGGACGGCGAGCCACAACGCAAAGAGGGUGCCGAAGCGGCUGCGCAGGCGCGCGCUCAAGGAGAUGGCUGAGGAUAACACGCCCGUGGUGGUGUCGAAGAAGCGGAAGCCCAAGACGACGAGGGCUCGGAUCCGUGCCGAGACGGCCAAGAGGUUAGGCAUCCUCGCGGAGAAGAAGCGGAGGAGGCAAAUGAAGGCCGCCAAGGCGAAGGCAAAGGAUGGCGGGGAGCAGGAGGAAGUCCCGGAGAAGAGCAAAAUUACAGUCUCGACCCGGCCGCCGAGGCCAAAGAUUCGUCGGAACCAGCUCAACGACCCUCCGCGGCGCAAGUCCAAGUUCAGGAAGCGCCAAAUCAACAAGACAUGGUUGCCGACGCAUCUGUGGCAUGCGAAGAGGGCCCGAAUGACCGAGCCGAAGAACCCUCUGUGGAGGUUCGCGAUACCCUUGACACCCAACGAAAAGACGUACCGAGCGACGCAUCGAUCGCAAGGCGAGAAGGGCGCCGUUGUUUGGGAUACGAGCUAUAUGAGCACGAUCGGACUCUACGGCGCGGCUAAGGGUGUGGAGCAAGUUCUGCGCAGGCUUGGUAUCACGCAGGAAGGCUGUUGGAACGAUAGAGGAGCUAAGUGGAGGGCAGGUACGCGACACUGGACUGGGUUCUUGAACAGAGAUUUCAAGGGCGCGAGGCGGGAGGUCUGUCCGGCGAUGAUUAUCUGGAACCCCGAGGUGGUCGCGGAGCAAGCUGGGACCGAAGACGGGACGCAGGCAGUCAAGACCCAAAGGCAGGUCUAUAUCAGAGUGCACCCCUCCGCAUUUCUUGAAGUCUUCAACGAGCUCCUCCGGCUGGUGAAGAUGCAGAGCCCCAGACUCUAUAUCGAGGAUCUGCGGUUCGAGGUCGGCAGUAUUGAGCUUACUGGCCCAGCAUCAACAGAGACUCUCCUCGGAAUCCUUCACCCCUACCACGUAAAGGAGGGAUCCAGGGAACAGCACGCGGAGAUGUUUGGGGAUCUGAGCAGUGUUAUGAACCCGGCAUCACUUCCCAUGAACGCCAUUCUGGGAUUCUCCAUCAUGGACCCGCGGCUUCGAUACCCACCGAGAAAAGUCAGCCAGCCCAACCCUGAGGAUGAAGCAGAGCAAAGCAGGUCAAUGGAGCUGCUGGCGAAGUGGCCGGCCGACGUUAAUCUAAAGCCAUACGACCUCUUCCAAAGAGACGCUCGCGCCUCGGCAAUCCGCUUACCGUCGCAGAAGUCGAUAGACAAACGGAAAGGAGCGAGACGCCCAGGAACGGUCCUCGAGGUUUCCGACGCGGACCCGCCGAUCCCCGUCCUCCUGCUCGCAUCACGCUCAAACGGCACCCAGACCCAGGGGAACUGGACGGUCCUCGCGCCGUGGCGAUGCAUUCAACCGCUAUGGCACAGCCUCGUCCACUUCCCUCUGAGCUCGGGCGGCAACCCGCGCUUCUCGGGUCUCAACGAGAUGAGGCAGGUCGCAUUCGAGCGUAACCUGCCGUGCUUCCCCUUCGACUUCCUCGGCACGGACGCCGGCGCCGAGUGGGAGCUGGAGCAGCGGACAAAGAGGAAGGAGGAGUGGGAACGCCGACCAAAGAGCAAGAGGGUCGCGUGGGAGUCUCUGGACUUGGGCGCCGGUCGCAAGGGAGAGGUCGGCAGCGGGUGGGCGUGCGAUGUGGAGCUUUUGUUUCAGCAAAAGACGAACGAGAGCCAGGCUGCGGCGUCCCCGGACCCAAUGGACGUGGACAAGCCUUCACCAGAAAAGGAGACUGCCCCAGAUUCCACGUCGACGCCGGGAAGCUUCCUCAAGACGCUCCAUCAACUCCGGAAAGACGCAUUCCGCGCGCACACAUCCUCACCGGCAUCUAACCCCCUGCCGCCCCGCUCCGUAAUCAACGUCAAUAUCGCAAUCCUCAACCGCGGCGUCGCGACAACCUGCGCAAGGAUCUACCGCCUCCCGUCGCGUCCCGCUCCCGCCCACCCGGCCUCCUCUGCCGAAGUCCCCGCAACGGUCCCCCCGCCGCCGCCGCCGAAGCCCGUCGACGGACUGCCUGCCGACCUUCGCGAGCAGUGGCUCGCGACGCUGCCCGACCAGCAACAGUCCAAGAACACCAGCAGGUCGAAUCAGCAGAAGCGACUGCCUGCAAACGCAGAUAUGCAGACCCGCAAGCAGAUGCUGGCUAAGACGCUUAUCGCGGCGCCCGCGGAGGCGUACCCGCCCCCAAAGCCGAACCAGACGGAUAUGAACGGGCACCCGCUCGUGCCGAACGAGGCGGACCUGAUCGGGUUCGUCACGACGGGGGCGAGCAACGGCCGUGGGUUGCCUUUCCGCGGAGAGGGCUGCGGAGGCGAUGAGGGACGGCGGGCGGGGAGGGAGGGGACGGUGUGUGUUGUGCGUAACGCUGGGGAGAGCGUCGGAUGGAUUGCGCGGUGGGAGGUUGUUUAA